UUUAUUGAAGAGAAAGAGUUCAGAUGACUGUGUAUAUAUGCAGUUGGUGUUUGAAUGGCGAAGGGUGAAGUGAUAUGACCGUAUCAUGGAGACUCCCUGUGUUUUAGGCUGGUUUCUCCUCUGUCUACUUUCAGUCAGUGAAUGCAUUGACCCUAAAGUCAUUGGUAUUGAGGGCCAGAAUGUCACUCUGCCAUGUAAAUAUAACACCAUAAAGCAAGGUGUAUUAGCCAUAUGCUGGGGGAGAGGAGCCAUACCGAACUCUGGUUGUAACAAGGAAAUCAUCUCAUCUGAUGGCACUAAAGUGACAUGGAGAUCUUCGGUUAGAUAUAAUUUAUUCGGGGUGCUGAAGACAGGGGAUGUCUCUCUCACAAUCCUCAAUGUCACUGAAAAAGACUCUGGACAAUACGGCUGUCGUGUGCAUGUUUACGGAUUGUGGAAUGAUGAGAAAUAUCAUGUCAACUUGAACAUUGAGAAAGGAGCAGAUGACAGGUCAGCCUGUGAUCCUGGUGUCCAUUCUACUGGUUCUGACAGGGGUGGUGAUUGUGUCUGUACUUGUCGUCUUGAAAAGGCGAUGGAAAACAAUUGCUACGGUAGUCCAAAUACCAGAGCACUCUGGCAGCUCAGUCCUGUACAGCAACUCAGAGUCCAGCUUGGGUGUGCAUACUCGAGAGAUGGCGGUGGAGAACGUCUAUCAAAUAGAUGACAACGAGAGAGACGACUAGGAGGAGUGCCCCCGACAAAGCAUGGACACAUCACCACAGUCAUGCUGUUAACACGCGGUAGCUCUGUGUUUACAGGGCUGAGUCUGAAUUUAUAGGCUAAUGAUUCAACCGGACAAGACAAGCUAUUAUAAAAUCAGAUGCUUUUUGGUGAUAAAUUAGUCCAACUUUACUUGAUUUGUAUAUUUUAAAUGUUUGUUUGAAAGGAAAAGCUCACUAAUAUGGCUAUCGAUGUGUAUUCAGCACUAACAGUGUAGGUUUCAAUUACAAUGACUGUAUUUUCUUGAUGUAGUAAGCCAUUGUUGCGCCUAGACCCUUCCACGUCAAAAUAACAGCACUUACAGUUUAUCGGGGCAACUCUAGCAGGGCAAGAAAUUUGACAAACUGACUUGUUGGAAAAGUGGCAUCCUCUGACUGUGCAACGUUAAAAAUCUCUGAGCUCUUAAUUACGGGCCAUUCUACUGCCAUUGUUUUGUCUAUGGAGAUUGCAUGGCUGUGUGCUCAAUUUUAUGCACCUGUCAGCAACGAGUGUGGCUGAAGUAGCUGAAUCAACUCAUUUGAAGGGGUGUCCGGAUAUUUUUGGCCAUGUGGUGUACAUAGGUGCCGAUCAAAUCAAAUUGUAUUUGUCACAUACACAUGGUUAGCGAGUGCAGCAAAAUGCUUGUGCUUCUAGUUCCGACUGUGUGGAAAUAUCUAACACGUAAUCUAACAAUUCCACAAAAC